CUGCUGUGCGCCAGUUGGAGGUGUCUGCCUGUCGCAGCGGCUUUGGCUUGACAUUAACAAGAGCGUGUCCAUGCUCCAAGCUGCGAGGUACAUCAUAAUCUGAAAGCACUGGAAUUGAAGCUGAUCCAAGCAGAUCCACGUCGGAUUGAGGAUACAUGGAUGAACAGAGAAACGCUGCAGUCGGAAUUAAGUUGUCAGCCGGUGCGAGGAAUUUCUGGAUAUAAUGGGGAAUACAACACCUAAGCCUUUAAUUGAAACGACUCUUCAGCCCCGCCCGGUGGCCACCAGGCAGUACUACAGCCUGCCCAACCAUGGGGCAAGUGUGGAGAGAAGAACAUCUGCCCCCCCAGUCAGCAUCAGUCUGGAGUCGACCCGCUUUCACCCUCACGCCAAAGGCAAGAAUAUCAGGCUGGAUGGACAGCUCCGACGUGCCACUCGCAAGAACAGCUUCUGCAAUGGCAUCACCUUCAGCCACCGCCCUGUUCAUCUUUACGAAAAGGUGCGGAUCCGGCUUACAGGCGUUCACACCGGCUGGAGUGGAGCUCUGCGCUUUGGUUUUACCAGCAUGGAUCCCAGCGAGUUGGUUGCCGCCGACAUCCCCAAGUACGCUUGCCCCGAUCUGGUGACGCGGCCCGGUUACUGGGCCAAAGCUCUGCCGGAGAGGCUGGCCUUGAAGGACAACAUACUGUCAUUCUGGGCCGAUCGGCAUGGCAGAGUCUUCUACAGCAUCAAUGACGGAGAGCCCAUCCUCUUCCACUGUGGCCUCAGCAUCGGCUGCCCACUCUGGGCCAUCAUAGACAUCUACGGCAUCACUCAGGAAGUCACACUACUUGACAGCACAUUUGCAGAGAGUGUGGGGUCCAGCUGCCUGAGUGCGGCCCGUCUGAGUGCCUAUCUGCCCCAGAGCAGCCACGACUCAGCCAAUUACAACAACAACCAGCUUGAAAACAACCAGGCUGCUGCUGCCAAGAUGGCCAACCUCCAGCUGAACAGCUACACUCAGCUCAUCCCCUACUGCUCCUCCACCUCUUCCUCCUCCACUCCGUCCUCGUCCGUCUCCACCACAUUCCCCAGAGGGGUCCGGGGCCUUCCUUCCCUGCUGGACAAUGACUUGCACUUUCACCCCGUUCGUGGCUCAGACGUGAUUCUCUCGGCAGAUCGUUCAGCCGCCUGCAUCCAUUUUCUGGACAGCACUCGGACUCUGGUUUUCAGCAACCGCCCGCUGCACACGGGCGAGACUCUGUACGUGGAGGUGGGCCACCUGGGCCUGCCUUAUUUCGGGGCGUUAUCCUUUGGUCUGACGUCCUGUGAUCCGGCUUGUCUGCAAGCCGCGGACCUGCCGGCGGACCCUGAGGUUCUCCUGGACCGGAAGGAGUACUGGGUGGUGCACCGAGGUUUCUCCAUUCCUUGUUCUGGAGAUGUGCUCACCUUCAGCCUGCUGCCGGGUGGAGAGGUGCACCACGGGGUGAACGGAGCGGGACGUGGCCGGCUGCUCUGCGUGGACUCUUCUCAGGUCCUGUGGGCCUUUUUCACCCUGCACGGGGCUGUCAACAGACUCAGGAUACUUGGAACUCUGCAGUCCAGUCCUUCCUCAACAUCCCCCACCGCUUCUCAGAACAGCAGUCCAGACGACAGCGACUCAGACCUGGCGUUCAGCGUCAACAGAUCCUCCUCGGCCUCUGAGUCCUCUCUGGUGACCGCUCCCAGCUCUCCUCUCAGUCCUCCCACCUCUCCCUGUCUCACCGCCUCAGAGCUGCCCUCUGCUGGUAAAAACGGAGAAUGCACCAUCUGCUUUGACCAAGAGGUGGACACGGUUAUCUACACCUGUGGACACAUGUGUCUGUGCAACGAAUGUGGACUGAAACUGAAGAGGAAGAUCAAUGCAUGCUGCCCAAUAUGCAGGAGGCCCAUCAAAGAUGUUAUCAAAACAUAUCGACCGUGAUGGCACACAUGUUUUAAUGGGUGUGAUGGCUUGUCCGGAUGUCACCAACUGUUGACCCUUCUCAGGCUUUGCUGGACAUUGAUCUUGAUGCCAAUCAGAGAUUAGCCACACAAGGACAUUAUUGUGCCUCUUAUACUUUCAUUUUGUAUGGUCAAAUUCAAUCUGGACUCUGACGAGAUUCCUCAUACACAGAACCGGAAACUCAUCUUAAAAUAUGAACCGUCCGCACAGAUGAGUCCAUGCGACGAAGAAAUAAGAGAUGAACCUAAUUUCCAUUUGAUGUCUGUCAUGUCACUUGUAUUUGUCGAGCAGAAGAGCCUGCUUUGAAAUGUUUGUCUGUAUCCCGAUUCUUCUAGAUUUACAUGUGCUUCAGCAGAAUAUGUGGGCCAUCCUCUAUGACUUCUAGUGCCUUAGAUUUUUGUCACUUUUUUGUUUUUGUCCAAGUAACUAUACUAAGAAUCCUAGCCAUAUUUUUGAUGAAGUUGCUGAAGGUUGGCAUGAAGACGACUCAGACAUAUAUAGUUUGUACAGCUUUAGCUGUAACGGUAAGUAGAUUGAAGGCUGCAGGAGUGUGUAAGUGGGUGCAAUGCUGUGUUUUAGGAGAGGUGUGACCUGAAGGGGCUGAUGGGGUAAGGGAUCAUCUGGAUUUGCACAUUACUGUAAGAGAUGAAUAAAUGUGGUCUGAAUAAAGUGUGUCUAGUUUUAA